UCAUAAAAAAUUGAGAAGUUGAAAAAGCAGUAUAAAGUUAGACACUUUUAAAGACUUUAGUGACUGUAGGAAUAAGAAUCUUUGUUUAAAAUGAUCGUGUAAAGAUCGGGACAAUUUUUAUCUAUCUCUAGGUGUUGUAGUUAGAUAAACACAGUAAACCGGUUUAAACAAGAUAUUCUAUAAAAUGGCUACAGGUGGAGAAAUAAAUACAGAUAUUCUUUCUGAUGAAAUAUUUGAUGUACUUUGUUCAAUGUGUAAAAAUCGAGGUAAAAAAUCUGAAGGUGAAAAAUUCUGUGUAGACUGUCAUGAUUAUUUCUGUAUAAAUUGUGUCACAGUUCACAGUCAAGUUCCUAUGUGUGCUGGUCACAAGGUGUUGGAUAAAUCUCAAGUUAAGUCAGGAACCAGUAAAGGUCUGCCGAGGGCACCAGCAGAGAGAUGUGACAGACACAGUCAUAAACACAUUGAUAUGUACUGUCAGAAUCAUGAUAAUGUUGGCUGUUCUACAUGUAUGGCAAUUGAUCACGGAUCAUGUACGGAUAUAUUCUAUAUACCAGAAUUCAUCCAAAACAAAUCUUACCAAGUGGCUUCAAGAGAAAUUCAAACAAAGCUGAAGGCAUUAGCCAAGAUCUUUGAUGUACAAGCUAACAAAUUUCAACAGGAUAAACAGAACCUUCUGAAAAGAAAGGCUGAAUUACUGGAUGAUAUCAGAAAAUUCCGACAAGAAAUUAAUGAUCAACUUGACAAGCUGGAGAAAAUUUCUAUAGAUGAGAUAGCAAAUAAAUUCAAACUUCUUGAAGACAAGAUUGAAGAAGGUCUCAAACAGCUACAAGAACACAAAGCAAAAGUCACAUCAUCUAAUGAUAAAUUAGCAUCUCCAAACCCAAAUCAAGCUGAAAUGUUUGUUCAUGUGAAGAUGGGGGAAGAUGCUGAAAAUGUUGCCAACAAAUUUAUAGAAGAUACCAAAAUGAAGAUGGCAGUAAGUGAAAUAGAGUUUCAUUCUGACAGAAAGCUCAUAGAAAGGCUGAAACAAAACAAAACAAUUGGCAUGCUGACAGAGAAAACUACAAAUACUCCUGACAAGUUGCUUCAUACUACAGAAGGACAAUCAUAUUGUGUCAAAGAUAAGUCUGAUAAAACAUGUCAAAUCUACAGUGCCUGCUAUAUGGAAGAUGAUACAAUAAUCCUAGCUGAUUACAUCAACAACAAGCUUAAACAUUUAGAUAGUCAAAAUUAUACUAUCACAGAUUGCUACAAUCUACCUGGAUGUCCAUAUCAAAUAUGUAAAAUUAAUAAAACACAAGCAGCUGUAACAUUAUUCUCCCAACAGGAAGUUCAUUUCUUUUCUCUAGUCAGACAAAUGAAAACAACAAACAAGAUUCAAACUGAUUUUAACUGUGGUGGUAUUGCAUAUGCAAACAAUGAUUUAUAUAUUUCAGAUGACACAUCGGUCUAUAUCUACACAAUGACUGGCAGGAAACUUAAACAGUUUAGUACUGACCAGUCAGGACAGAAACUGUUCUCUUGCAUAUACAGUCUAGCUGUCAGUAAGGAUGCUACAAGGAUUUAUGUUGCUGAUUUUGAAAUAGGACUGAUAGUACUAGACAACAAUGGUCAGAUUGUUACAACAUUUAAUGGAGAGCAAUUACAUGAGGCUUAUUAUUGUCAUCUCACAGAAGCAGGUAGUAUGCUGGUAUCUGGUUAUGGACCCAAUAAUGUUUUACAGUUUACAUCUGAUGGUGAGCUGAUAGGAGAGGUCAUAAAAGCUGACAGUGACAAACCAGAAAUUCUGUCAGUUUGUUGUAAUCAACAAAUGUCUAAGAUGUGUAUAAGCAGAGAUGAUGAAGACAACAUUGAAGUGCAUGAUAUCUGAUCAGUUAAUAAGUAAAUAAAUAAAAAAACAAUAAUUUAUAAUCAUGAUAUCAGUUAAGAGUUAUUGUAAUAUAAAUGUUAAACGGAGUGUUAUAAAUGUCAAUGAUUUUUAUUGAAGGAUGUGGUAAUUGUCAUUAAAUAUAAGAAUGAAUCUACAACAUGAAAUAAGAUAAUCAUGAAAAAAAGUGAUGUGCACAUACAUGUAUAUGUUUUUGCAUACUCAGACAUUCUUUAUAUAUUAUAUACAACUAUGCACAAGUUCCCAAGGUGAUUUGAGAGUGUGACUUUAUAUCAUAAAUGGACAUACAUAUGUAAGUAAAUAACAUUUUUAUAUUGUAUAUAUUAUACAUGAACAUAAUUCAUAACAUCAACAUUAAGUGAAUUACAGUUUUUAUAUUCUCAAAGAUUCUUUGUUUAUCCUAUACAAGUUACCCAAGUAGAUUAUAGGAAUAUGCUUUAGAUAUUGUAAUGGA